AUGACGGAAACACAAGAGCUUCCCGAAGAGAUCAUACUAAACAUCUUUUCCAGACUCCCUGUCAAGUCCUUGAUCCGAUUCACCUCCGUUUCGAAACGUCUGCACUUCAUCAUACUCUCCGAUCCCAAAUUCGCCAAAUUUCAACUCAAAGCAGCUCUUCGGCAGAGAACCCAAAGCCGCAGACUCCUCGUCUACACCGACGCCCCUCAACUGUCAUCCCUACCCUUGGCUGCUGAUACGCCGUCGUUUGGAGACCCUUCCUCCGUUAGAAAGUUCACUCUCCCUUCCCCGAAGGGCGAGUAUCUGCUGUUACUGGGCUCCUGCAAUGGUCUGGUAUUUCUAACCUUUUACGCGGACUUCUUUUACGUCUGGAACCCAUCGACUCGAUUCUUUAAGAAAUUACCAGACCCUGGUUUUUCCAUAUUACAUGGAAACUUAGAAAUCGUCUAUUGUGGUGUGGGAUAUUUAUCCGCUACUGAUGACUAUAAACUUUUUAUAGCCUACUUGGACCUUGUUGAUUGUAAGGUAAAGGUCGAGAUGUUCUCGCUGACAACUCACAUUUGGGAGAGGCUUGAAGCCGCAGGGGACUCUUUCGAUAUUGGAUUCAUUGUCAGUUCUCAGGGGACUCUUUUGAACGAAGCUCUUCAUUGGCUAAACAAGCAAAUAGUUUGUUUUGACUUGGCUGUAAAGGAGUUCCGGAGAAUUCCGCUGCCUGAUUUCGGUCAUGAUGGUAACAUGUUCUGCUAUCUUGGUUUGUAUGAAGGGUGCCUUUGUGUAUUGCGUUAUCCUUUGGGUGUUUGUUAUUCUGUUGAUUUCUGGGUCAUGAGGGAAUAUGGUGUGAGUGACUCGUGGACUAUGCUCUUUAGUUCAAAACUAUCUGAUCCGCCUGAGUGGGGCAUAAUAAACUGGCCCUAUAAUUCGAGAAAAUUAAUGGUUGUGGAAAGUAGUACAGUUGCUUCGAAACUGACUGAAGAGGGGUUCGAGUUGACAAAGAUUGAUCAUAAAGUAGGCCAGAAGGUUGGCCAGUAUAUGCUAGAGGGAAUCAGAUUUCUAUGGUAGAAUAUGAAGAGAGUCUACUUGGGAUCAGUGGUAAUCAUCCAGUAGAAGAGACAGAGCAGGUCCUAAUACUCGAAACCCAUCACAAGGCCUCACAAAGCUGAAAGGGAAGGAAUGUUUGCUCAUUUGAUUCAAAUGAUCCAUGGGGUUUCCAGGUGUACAAAUUGGUGGCUUCAUUAUGUAGUGGUGUGGACCUGAUGGAAAGGAUGCAUUGGUUCUGAGAUUUCUCAAAAUUUCAGUUUAGGAUCCUUAGCAGCCAGCUAAUGUAUCUAUGUUCAAUGGCUGAGACUGAAAUUUGUUCUUUUGUUUUAGGUUACGACAAUGAUAAGUUGUGACAUUGUUAUGUUUCUCUUGUUUGAUU